AUGCAUGUAAAUCGUCCCGUUCCGUUCUCUCGAGUAUACUUCGGCCUCAUGGGCGAACGAAGAGCCGCAAUUGCUGCAGAAGUGACGCCAGACGCUAUCUCCGCCUUGGAGGGCGGACUCGGCGUGCUGGGUGCUGGAAGCAAUGGUGCCGGUGCCUCUGUAGCGCUUUGUUGGACCGGAGACUGUGAGGUCUUUCUCAUGGAGUUUGAUGUGGAGGGCUGUCGUUUGUCAGUACAAAGCAACGCUCGGUAG